UGACGUAGGGUGGGUGGACGGAAGUGGGGCAGGGUUGAGGGUUAUUUAAAGGAGGGGGGCAAGCGAAGGGGUUGGAAGCGGAGCGAUUCCCCACCUCUGCUCCAUCUAGCUCUCUCUAGUGCAGCCACUGCCACCGCACGGAAGCACUCAUCCCUCUCCUUGUCCCCCUCGUCGUUCCCGCUCCAACGCCAUGGAGCCGGACACCGCCGCAGUGGCAGCCACCGUGGCAGCUGCCGACGCGACCGCCACAAUCGUGGUCAUAGAGGACGAGCAGCCGGGCCCGUCCACCUCUAAGGAGGAGGGAGCAGCCGCCGCGGCCACCGAAGCCACCGCGACCACGGAGAAGGGCGAGAAGAAGAAGGAGAAAAACAUUUCUCCGUUUCAACUCAAACUUGCUACUAAAGCUUCUAAAUCUGAAAAGGAAAUGGACCCAGAAUAUGAAGAAAAAAUGAAAGCAGAUCGAGCAAAGAGAUUUGAAUUUUUACUGAAGCAGACAGAACUUUUUGCACAUUUCAUUCAACCUUCAGCGCAGAAAUCUCCAACAUUUCCUCUGAGCAUGAAAUUGGGACGUCCUCGAAUAAAGAAAGAUGAAAAGCAGAGCUUAAUUUCUGCUGGAGACUAUCGCCACCGACGCACGGAACAAGAAGAAGAUGAAGAGCUACUGUUAGAGAGUCGAAAAACUUCGAGUGUGUGUGUUAGAUUUGAGGUGUCCCCUUCUUAUGUAAAAGGAGGAGCCCUGAGAGAUUACCAGAUUCGAGGACUGAACUGGUUGAUCUCCUUGUAUGAAAAUGGAGUCAAUGGUAUUUUGGCUGAUGAAAUGGGUCUCGGCAAGACUUUGCAAACAAUUGCUUUGCUUGGUUACCUGAAACACUACCGAAACAUUCCUGGACCUCACAUGGUUUUGGUUCCAAAGUCUACUUUACACAACUGGAUGAAUGAAUUUAAACGAUGGGUUCCAUCUCUCCGUGUUAUUUGUUUUGUUGGAGACAAAGAUGCGAGAGCUGCUUUUAUUUGUGAUGAAAUGAUUCCAGGAGAGUGGGAUGUCUGUGUUACUUCUUAUGAGAUGGUAAUUAAAGAAAAAUCUGUAUUUAAAAAGUUUCAUUGGCGAUAUGUAGUCAUUGAUGAAGCGCACAGAAUUAAAAAUGAAAAAUCUAAGCUUUCAGAAAUUGUUCGUGAGUUCAAGUCGACUAACCGCUUACUUCUAACUGGAACACCUUUGCAGAAUAAUCUCCAUGAACUCUGGGCAUUACUCAACUUUUUAUUGCCUGAUGUCUUUAAUUCUUCAGAUGACUUUGAUUCAUGGUUUGACACAAAAAAUUGCUUUGGUGAUCAGAAACUUGUGGAAAGACUUCAUGCAGUUUUAAAACCAUUUUUGUUACGUCGUAUAAAAACUGAUGUAGAGAGGAGUCUGCCUCCUAAAAAGGAGAUAAAGAUUUACUUGGGACUGAGUAAGAUGCAACGAGAAUGGUAUACAAAAAUCCUGAUGAAAGAUAUUGAUGUUUUAAACUCUGCUGGCAAGAUGGACAAGAUGCGACUCUUAAACAUUCUCAUGCAGCUUCGAAAGUGUUGUAAUCAUCCAUAUUUGUUUGAUGGUGCUGAACCUGGUCCACCUUAUACCACAGAUGAGCAUAUUGUCAGCAACAGUGGCAAAAUGGUGGUUUUGGAUAAGCUAUUGUCAAGACUCAAAGAACAGGGUUCAAGGGUUCUCAUUUUCAGCCAGAUGACUCGCUUGCUAGACAUUUUGGAAGAUUAUUGUAUGUGGCGUGGUUAUGAGUAUUGUCGGCUGGAUGGACAAACCCCACAUGAAGAAAGAGAGGAUAAAUUCCUAGAAGUGGAAUUACUGGGUCAAAGGGAGGCAAUAGAGGCCUUUAAUGUUCCUAACAGUAGCAAAUUCAUCUUUAUGCUGAGUACCAGGGCUGGAGGUCUUGGAAUUAACUUAGCAAGUGCUGAUGUGGUCAUCCUGUAUGAUUCAGACUGGAAUCCACAGGUUGAUCUACAAGCUAUGGAUCGAGCACAUCGUAUUGGCCAGAAGAAGCCAGUACGUGUAUUCCGUCUCAUCACUGACGACACUGUUGAAGAAAGAAUUGUAGAGAGAGCUGAGAUAAAACUGAGACUUGAUUCAAUUGUUAUACAACAAGGAAGACUCAUUGAUCAACAAUCUAACAAGCUGGCAAAAGAGGAAAUGUUACAAAUGAUACGUCAUGGAGCCACCCAUGUUUUUGCUUCUAAAGAAACUGAGCUGACAGAUGAAGACAUUACAACGAUUCUGGAAAGAGGGGAAAAGAAGCUUGGUAUGGUGGAAUGGAUUGAACCUCCUAAACGAGAACGCAAAGCAAACUACGCAGUGGAUGCCUACUUUAGAGAGGCUUUGCGUGUCAGUGAGCCAAAGAUUCCAAAGGCUCCACGUCCUCCAAAACAGCCAAAUGUUCAGGAUUUUCAAUUUUUCCCACCACGUUUAUUUGAGCUCCUGGAAAAGGAAAUUCUGUAUUAUCGGAAGACAAUAGGUUAUAAGGUGCCAAGGAAUCCUGAGAUACCGAAUCCAGCUCUGGUUCAAAGAGAAGAGCAAAAAAAGAUUGAUGGAGCCGAACCUCUUACAUUAGAAGAGACAGAAGAAAAGGAAAAACUUCUCACACAAGGUUUCACAAACUGGACUAAGCGAGAUUUUAACCAGUUUAUUAAAGCUAAUGAGAAGUAUGGAAGAGAUGACAUUGAUAAUAUUGCUAGAGAGGUAGAGGGCAAAUCCCCUGAGGAGGUCAUGGAAUACUCAGCUGUAUUUUGGGAACGUUGCAGUGAACUACAGGACAUUGAGAAAAUUAUGGCUCAAAUUGAACGUGGAGAAGCAAGAAUUCAACGAAGGAUCAGUAUCAAGAAAGCCCUGGAUGCCAAAAUCGCAAGAUACAAGGCUCCAUUUCAUCAGUUGCGUAUUCAAUAUGGAACCAGCAAAGGAAAGAACUAUACUGAGGAAGAAGAUAGAUUCUUGAUUUGUAUGUUACACAAAAUGGGCUUUGAUAGAGAAAAUGUGUAUGAAGAAUUACGGCAGUGUGUACGGAAUGCUCCCCAGUUUAGAUUUGACUGGUUUAUCAAGUCUAGAACUGCCAUGGAAUUCCAGAGACGCUGUAACACUUUAAUUUCAUUGAUUGAGAAAGAAAAUAUGGAAAUUGAGGAAAGAGAGAGAGCAGAAAAGAAGAAACGGGCAACUAAAACUCCAAUGUCACAGAAAAGAAAAGCAAAGUCAGCUACUGAGAGCUCUGGAAAGAAGGAUGUCAAGAAGGUGAAAUCCUAAAGCCUAGAAAUAAAGUUUUAAAUGGGAAACUGCUAUUUUCUUGUUCCCAUCUUCAAAUGCUAAUUGCCAGUUCCAGUGUAUUCAUGGUAUUAUAAGAAAAAUCUCUUUGGUUUUGAUUUCUUGCAUAUUUUAUAUAUUUUACAAUGCUUUCUACCUGAAAUGUGUAGCUUUAUAUUUUAUGCAUUCUAGUAUUUUUGUGUAAUGUAUUUUGUGCAUUUCAUGUUGUCAUCAAAAUUCUCUCAGUCCUUGUUUUUUUGAAGCUUGUGCUGAGGUUUUAGCUUUUCUAUGUUUUAUAUGCCACUGCUUUGAAAGAGAACCUAGAUUCUAUAGCUGUAUUAUUGUUGUUUCAUACUUUAAAUUUAUAUGGCUGUGGAAAAAUGAAUUAAAAUGAUUUGAGGAGAAAGACUU